AUGCCCCCACAAGGAGGAAUGCCACCGCAAGGAGGACAGCCACCUAAACCGGGAAUGCCUCCGCAGCCUCAGAUGGGCGGUCCGCCUGGUAUGCAGUCAGGUCCACCAGGAAUGCCUCCUCAGAUGAAUAUGGGUCAACAACAGCCUGGUAUGCCACCACAACCCAAACCACCUGGACUACCUGGACAGCCUGGUCAGCCUGGACAGAUUCAAAGACAGCCUGGCAUGCCUCCUCAGCCAGGUAUGAUGUCGGCGCAAAUGCCACAGCCUGGCCAACAACAGCAACUAGGUCUUAAUCAACAACAACUGGGCAAGAUGCCUGGACCUCCACAACCGGGGCUACCACCAGGACAACAGAUGCCCCCACAACCAGGACAGAUACAAGGUCAACAAUCUGGGAUGCCUCCACAACCUGGUCAGAUGAGUCAGCCUGGUAUAGCCCCACAACCUGGUCAAAUGCCUCCUCAACCUGGACAAAUGGGACAACCUGGAAUGCCACCUCAGUCUGGCCCAAUGAGCCAACCUGGAAUGCCCCCGCAGCCUGGACAGUUGAGUCAGCCGAGAAUGCCACCACAGCCUGGUAUGCCACCCCAACCAGGUCAAAUGUCACAGCAACCGGGUAUGCCACAGCAACCAGGUAUGCCUCCGCAACCUGGUCAAAUGCCACCAAUGCCUGGACAACCUGGUAUGCCGCCGCAACCUGGUCAGAUGCCUGGCCAGCAAGGGCUGCCUCAACAGCCUGGUUUUCAGGGUCAGUUCCAAGGACAAGCUCAGCCAAUUAGUGGUAUGCCCCACAUGCCCCCGCCACUAUCCCAGCAGCGUCAGUACCCUGCACAACCUGGGUUUGGACAGCCAGGACAGCAACCUGGUGCUCAGUAUCCAAGCAUGCCACCAAUACCGAACCAGUUGCCGCCCCAGCCACCAAUGCCAGGUCAACAACAGCGUGGUUUCCAACAACCAUCGUCUGGCUAUCCGCCUCAGUACCCUGGCCAGCAGCCCUACCCUGGACAGCAACCUUACCCUGGCCAACAGUACCAGCAACAGCCUGAGCAGAAGAGAUUGGAUCCUGACCAGAUGCCAAGCCCUAUCCAAGUGAUGGCAGACGACCAGCAGAACCGCGGCGGUAUCUUCGUCACCAAUGAGAAGGGGCUGGUACCUCCCCUGGCCACCACCGACUUCGUUGUAGACGAUAAAGGAAAUGCCAGUCCUCGCUACAUCAGGAGUUCAAUGUACACGGUGCCAGUGACUGCGGACCUGCUCAAACAGACAUCCAUGCCAUUCUGCUUAGUUCUGUCCCCGAUGGCAGAGACAGUAGGGUCUGAGCAGGAGCCCCCUCUGCUAGACUUUGCAGCCCUGACUGGGUCCCCUACGAUGGGCCCGGUGCGGUGCAGUCGGUGCAAGGCCUACAUGUGUCCGAAUAUGAAGUUUGUGGAUGCUGGGAGACAUUUCAAAUGUGCCUUCUGUAAGGCUACUACUGAAGUCCCGAUGGAGUACACCCAGUACAUAAACAGUAUGCAGCAGUACGGCCGGGUGCCGGCAGAGAUGGCGCUCGGCGCGUACGAGAUCGUCGCCACCAAGGAGUAUUGCAGGAACAACACGCUCCCGAACCCCCCGGCCGUGGUGUUCGUGCUGGACGUGUCGUACAACGCAGUCAAGACUGGCCUCCUGCACACCGUCUGCGAGAACAUCAUGGACAUCAUCGAUGCGAUGCCCCGUGACGAGCAGACAGGCAAGAGUUGGACCCGCGUGGGAUUCAUCACAUACAGCUCCACUGUACACUUCUACAAUAUCAAGGGUACCCUGGCCCAGCCGCAGAUGCUGUCGGUGGGCGACGUGGGCGACAUGUUCGUGCCGCUGCUGGAGGGGUUCCUGCAGCGCGCCGAGGACUGCGCGCCCGUCCUGCAGGCCCUGCUGCAGCAGCUGCCCACCAUGUUCCACGACAACAAGGAGACCGAGACCAUACUGCUGCCCGCUGUACAGGCCGGUCUAGAAGCCCUGAAAGCAGCGGACACGUCAGGGCAACUACUAGUAUUCCACACCUCCCUACCUACUUACAACGCGCCCGGGAAGCUCACCAACAGGGAGGAUCGCAAACUGCUCGGCACUGACAAGGAGAAGCAAAUACUCAACCCUCAGACGACAGCCUAUAACGAACUAGGCCAGUCUUGCUGUGCAGCCGGAGUGAGUGUAGAGUUGUUCCUGUGUAACAACUCGUACGUGGACGCGGCCACCCUGGGACAACUGCCUCGGCUCACUGGGGGACAACUACAUAAGUACACUUACUUCACUGCGGAGAUGGACGGCCCACGCCUGGUGUGGGACGUGCAGCGCGUGGUGUCACGCCCCACGGCGCACGACGCCGUCAUGCGCGUGCGCACGUCCACGGGCGUGCGCCCCACCGACUUCUACGGACACUUCUUCAUGGCCAACACCACCGACGUCGAGCUCGCCGCCAUCGACGCAGACAAGGGUAUAGGCAUAGAAAUAAAACAUGAUGACAAGCUGACGGCGGAGGACGGAGUGUACAUCCAGGCGGCACUGCUGUACACGGCCAGGUGUGGACAGAGGAGGCUCCGGGUACUGAACCUGGCACUCAACGUAGCGCACCAACUCGCUGACGUCUACCGCAGCAUGGAACUCGAUACUUGCAUCAACUUCCUCACUAAGCAAGCCGUCUGGGCCCUGCGCGAGCACCCCCCGCGGCAGGUGCGCGAGUCCCUGUCGCAGCGGUGCGCGCGGUCGCUGGCGGCGUACCGGCGGCACUGCGCGUCGCCGUCGUCGGCGGGCCAGCUCGUGCUGCCCGAGCCCAUGAAGCUGCUGCCGCUGUACUGCAACUGCGUGCUGCGCGGCGACGCGGUGGCGGGCGGGCCCGACCUCACGUGCGACGACCGCGCCGCCGCCAUGUUCCGCGCGCUGGCGGCCGACGUGCCCGCCUCCAUCGUGUACACGUACCCGCGCCUGCUGCCGCUGCACCGGCUGCAGGACGCGCCGCCGGCCGCGCUGCAGCCGCUGCGGGCCUCCGUCGACAAAAUGAACGACCACGGCGUUUAUCUACUCGAAAACGGCGUCCACAUGCUCCUAUGGGUAGGAUCGCAAGCGAACCCCGAGUUCGUCCGCGACGUGUUCGGCGUCCCGUCCCCACAACAGAUCGACACGCAGGUCUGCGAGCUGCCCGUCCUCGACUCGCGCGCCAACCAGAGCGUCAGGGAACUCAUCGAGGAUACGCGCAUCAAACGACGAACUGCUAUGAGGCUAACAACAAUGCGACAGCACGACAAACUGGAGGCGGUGUUGCGUCACUUCUUAGUGGAGGACCGCGGCGUGGACGGGAGCUCCUCCUACGUGGACUACCUGUGCCACAUCCACAAGGAGAUCAGGGCAUUACUAUAG